AUGACCAUUCCGACCUCUUCACGGUCGCUCUUUGGAGCUUCCCGUACAUUCUUACAUUCCAAUGGCUUGACUCCAGUGGUUAAGCAGAUCAGACGCAGAGGAUUGGCAGAUGCUUCUACAAAUGAUAUGACACUCCCUUUAAAGGGGUACAAAGUAUUGGAUAUGACCCGAGUGCUCGCAGGUCCAUAUUGCACGCAAAUAUUAGGAGAUCUUGGUGCAGAAGUGAUAAAAGUCGAGCAUCCUACCAAGGGCGAUGAUACCAGACACUGGGGACCUCCAUAUGCGAAAUACUUGGAUGGAUCAGGGAAGGAGGGGCCUGGAGAAAGUGCAUAUUUCUUUGCUGUAAAUCGAAACAAAAAAUCUCUCGGAUUGUCAUUUAAACAUCCAUCGGCAGUCAAGAUCCUCCAUAAACUCGCUGCCGAAAGUGAUAUUCUCGUUGAGAACUAUCUACCGGGCACGUUGAAAAGAUAUGGGAUGGACUACGAAACUCUGCGAGAGAUAAAUCCACGACUAAUCUACGCUUCUAUAACUGGCUAUGGUCAAACAGGUCCAUAUCGAAAUCGAGCCGGGUACGAUGUUAUGGUAGAAGCCGAAAUGGGACUGAUGCACAUCACGGGGAGUAGAGAUGGACCUCCCGUGAAAGUAGGUGUUGCCGUCACAGAUUUGACGACCGGCUUGUAUACUAGCAACAGUAUCAUGGCUGCUUUGUUGGCAAGAGGAAGGACGGGAAGAGGACAAUACAUUGAUGUUGCUCUAUCGGAUUGUCAAGUUGCCACAUUGUCGAAUCUGGCGAGUUCAUGUUUGAUAAGCGGGGAGAAGGAUGAAGGGAGAUGGGGAACUGCGCAUCCAUCGAUCGUACCUUAUCGUUCGUAUAAGACAAAAGAUGGGGACAUCUUAUUUGGUGGAGGAAAUGAUAGAUUAUUCGGACUUCUAUGUGAUGGACUUGGACGCUCUGGGUGGAAAAAGGAUCCCAAAUUUGUCGUUAAUACAGAAAGAGUUGCCCACCGAGCAGAGCUAGACAGCUCUAUAGAGAAGAUCACGCAAGAUAAAACAACUAAAGAGUGGCUAGAUAUUUUUGAGGGAUCCGGGCUACCAUAUGCAGCCAUCAAUGAUAUCCAAGGAACAUUGAACCAUGAGCACGUGUUGGCAAGGGAUAUGGUUAAGGAGAUGGAUCAUGAAUACUGCGGUCCCAUCAAGAUGGUCAACACUCCCGUGAAAUAUAGUGAGAGCAAGCCAAGCAUAAGAACAGUACCUCCUAUGCUAGGACAACAUACCGAUGAGAUUCUUAGGGAUGUUCUGGGUAUGAAUGAAUCUGAUAUCGAAGCACUGAAGGUCGAAGGUGCCGUAAAAUAG